AUGAAUUGGACAGGAGGGCGCCUGCAAAGGCAUUCUGGAAAAUCUUCUCGUGGCAGCAGCGGCGGUGCCUUGACCAAACGACAAAAGGAACACUUCGCAAAGGUGAAGGCCAACUUAAGAACUGGAAGUCAAAAGAAUGUUACCACUAAAUGGACAAUCUUCGACAACAUCGUAGUGGAACAACCACACAGACAAUUGCUUGAAAAUCAUAUUGGUUCUCUGAACAAUUCUGAGUACAGCGCAAGACAGGAAAGAGGGAGAAAUGAAGUCGAGCGAGAACAUUUUUCUGAUCUCUACAAACACAAAGAGCUCAUAUCAACUCCACUGUGCAAAGAGCUUCAAUAUAAGCAGAAAAACAAUCGUUCUUCAUCAUUUGAACUCGUCCAAAGAAGUUCCAUUGCCGACGACGACUUAUACAAUGCAACACCUCCACCAUUGAGAAUCAAGCGCGAGCAUGCUGCAUCGCCAGAGCUUAGAGAUGCUCCGCGAAACUACGAGGCGCGAGAAGCAAUAGAACAAUCUAUGGAAGAAAGAAGACGAAAUCUAUUGAAUCAGAAAGACUGGGCUGGUCUAAAUAUUCAUCAAUUGCCGAAAUUAAAGUUCAACCAACCAAGACACGAUGGAGAUAUUGGGCGAAGAAGGAAGGUUAAGGCCGGGCACAGAGCACGAUAUCGCAAACUUCAGACAAGAAUCAGCUCACCAUUUGCCGUAAGAAACAUUCAAAUGCGGAAGCAACAAGAAGCUGGUUACAUCGAAGGAGGGCUGCCGAAAAAUGACGUUAGAAUUUCGAUUGGUGGCAGGAUUGUUCCGCCAGGCAUAAGUUCGAGUUCCCGGCCGACUAAUGUAGUCCGCCAGUCUACACCGCGCAUGAAGCAUCGGAUUUUGUCAUCGGAUGAUAUGUUGCUUGACGAUGAGUAUACCAUGGAGAACCAGGAAGAUUUGAAUAGUGCCAGAUUUCUUUCUAUUUUCGAAGCAAGAAUAAAUGGCAAUGAAGAGGACGACAAUUGGACGAGGAUAAUUCCAUCGAGCGGAGGCCCGGAUAUUUAUGGUACAAGUAUAAACCGAGAAAAGCAUCCAAAUACAAGACGUGAACCGCUCUUUGACAUAGUCAACAGAAACGGAAUUCCAAAUGAGUUUGGAGGUAAAGCAUCACCAUUUUCUCGCACAGUCGUCAGAUCGAUUUGCGAUACUAGAAUGAAGCAACCAAUGCCUAUUCGUCCUACACAGCAUCCGGUUCUCCACUUAAGCUCGCCUAGAUGUAACAGUAGUGUGCUUGCACAGGUCGGGGGCUUGAGAAGUGUGGUUUCCGAAGAUCAAUUGAUGGACAAUGAGAUGUGGAGGGCAUGGAUACCACCAUCCACAGAAGACACAGAGCACAAGAAUUACUACGAUGAAGGGGAAGAAGAGGGAGAAGAAGAAGAACAUCUGAAGGGUAGGAGUGUGUUGAUAAGUCCGGGAAUAAGUGCCAUUCCAGCCUUUCGUGAGAAGACCUUCAGUGGCUCAAGGUCUAAUGAUGAGGAUUUCGGUGGACAAUAUGAGCAUACCGAGUCCUGGGGAGGCUGUGAAAGCUCGAUGAUACAAGAGCAGUCUAUUGCCGUAUAUAACAGAGAUUUGCUUCCUUCGGACGAUAUCACGAUCGAACCACAAAACACUCGAUCUUCACAGAGAACAUCUUCAAGCGUUCCAUGGAAUCCUCCUAGGAGCUCAAGUCCUUGCAUAGCCAGGCAUUCUCACAGCAAGUUUCUCAGUACCCCUUGUUCCAAAACUUUCCUGGUUCAGCAGCCGUCUAUCGCCAACAAAAAACUCGCUGAAUUUGAGGAGACUGCAACAAACCGCGACCAAAUCUCCAUGGCUGAUCAAACUUCCAGCAAAAUAAAGGAUUGUCCCACGCAAGUUAUCCAAAAGAAAGCAGACCCAAACGAACUCUGGAUGAAAUUUGUUUUUGAUGAUGCUAGUGAAGAGGAGAAUACAGUACUGAAAAAGACUACAUCCAUAGGACGCAAGCUCGAGAAAAGGGAACCCUCGCCAACCUUUUCAACCUUCGUGCACAAUUCAAUCGAUUCCGAAAGUCCAUUGCAACCUAGAUAUGUUGCGCAAGCGAGUGCUCGCAACACAUGGCAAGAUCCACAGCAGGGAAACAGCAGCGUGUAUAGGAACGAAUUUGGCCAGUUCUCCAAUUACUCGACGUUUGCUUAUCAGUCCAGUGUUAAUCGCGACCCUGUAGGAGCUGCGGUCCGAAAUAGGAGUACUCCAUGUCCGUACGAAGAGGAAUACGAUCAAGCUAAUAAGAAUUCGGGUUCAAACAAUCGAACUUCUAUAGUAGACUCAACAAACUUCAGAAUCCCAAAUGCCAGUAUAUCUUCAUCUCCAAAGACUGACUCACUUUCUAUGAUGGCUGUCUCAGGUUCUCAGAUCAAUGCAUCAACAACAACAACAACAACUCAGAGAAAAUCUCUCUUAGAACCACAUCGCAAAAUCGUGUUCACAAAACCUCAGCCGUUUAUUGGAUCGAAAUCAGAUAUAAACUUCUCAUCUCCGGAUGCAAUUGUUCGCAUUGGUGGAGGAGAUAUCGAAAAACAAACAAGCAGUGGUAAUGGUACAAUGUUUCCCGAAGAGAUAGAGGAUGAUUAA